UCAUCGGCGGAGGUGUAUGAUCCUGCUCUUGACGAAUGGACUCCAUUGCCAAGCAUGAGCACAUUGAGAUACAAGUGUGUAGGAGUGACAUGGCAAGGGAAAAUCUACGUGGUGGGUGGUUUUGCAGAAAGAGGGGAUUCGGACCUAAACAUGCUGACAUUUUCUCCGCAGCGUAGCUCCGCUGAGGUGUUCGACACCCGAGCGGGGAGGUGGGACCUCGUCGCUGGGAUGUGGCAGCUCGAUGUGCCACCUAAUCAGAUUGUCGCGGUGGACGGCAAGCUGUUCAGCUCUGGGGAUUGUCUCAAGCCCUGGAAAGGUCACAUUGAGAUGUACAAUGGGAUGCUUAACAUGUGGGAUGAAGUGGAUGGAUCUUGUUUCCAAAUCUCCACAUCUUCAGGCACCAAUGAUGAGCAUUGGCCACCGAUGGAACGCCUUUACUUAACAAUGGCACCGAUAGGAACCCAACUAUAUUUCUUGGCAGGGUACCGCAUGGCCGGUGAAUCAUCCCGAACACUUUCAACAGUCUAUAUAUUUGAUACAUCGGCAACGGUCGAUGCAUGGAGGAGCUUAGCGCCAAUGGAGGAAGAAGGCGAGAAAGAGCUGUGCAGUCACUGUUGUGUUGUCCAACUCUAUUAAGCAUUCCAGCGACUGCAAGCAAUCUUAACCUAGCCAUCCUCCAUUGACAUAAACCAAAAGAAGACAAAGAUUUCUAUGCCAGCAGUUUAGUGAUGCUUGUCCAAAACUAGAAAGAAGCCAAGGGCUCCCUUGUCAUGAUGAUGUCUG